AAACAUCGAAGCUUGGUUUCUUUGUUCUCUCUUCUUUAACAAAGUCAAGAGUUAUGGUGAGAGUUUUUCUUCUCUACAACCUCAUUAACUCAUUUCUUCUGUGUUUGGUUCCCAAGAAGCUUAGAGUUCUCUUCCCUCCUUCUUGGUACAUCGACGACAACAUCCCACCACCACUUUCAGAACCGGAACCAAAAUCUCAGACAAGAACAGACCCAGUGGAUCUGAAACAAGUGUUUCAGAUGUUCGACAAGAACGGAGACGGCCGCAUCACUAAGGAAGAGCUAAAUGAUUCCUUGGAGAACCUAGGAAUCUUCAUGCCAGACAAAGAUCUGAUCCAGAUGAUCCAUAAGAUGGAUGCAAAUGGAGAUGGUUGUGUAGACAUACACGAGUUUGAAUCUCUUUACGGUUCGAUUGUUGAAGAGAAAGAGGAAGAGGAUAUGAGAGAUGCGUUCCAUGUGUUUGAUCAAGACGGUGAUGGGUUUAUUAGCGUUGAGGAGUUAAAGUCUGUGAUGGCUUCCUUGGGACUCAAGCAAGGUAAAACCCUAGAGUGUUGUAAAGAGAUGAUUAUGCAAGUGGAUGAAGAUGGAGAUGGUAGAGUCAAUUACAAGGAGUUUCUUCAGAUGAUGAAAACUGGUGGAUUUAACAAUAGAUCAUCAUCAUCAAAUUAGAGCUGGUUUUGAUCUUUUUACUCCUAUGUAAAUAAUG